UCCUUACGAGGCGCAGCUCGAGCGCUCGGGAGCACAUGAGCAAGACACUGACGUCAAGGACGUUUCUUCUAAUGCUGGAUCUAAUAGAACCAUGAACGGUCCCUGCUUUGUUUAGGAGCUCUUGAAUUCUUCUGCUCAUCUGAGAUGAAGUGGUUGGAAGGGUUUCAGAAAUUAAGUUCAGUUUUAUUUAUCUUAACAUUUCAAGGUGCGAACUGCCAGCUAGCGGUGUUUCCUAUUGGACCUGCUCUGGUGAAUGCUUUAGCUGGCAGCAACGUGACUCUGGCUGUGUCCUUCCGUGGUGCCCCUGAUCCAGUGCUUACCUGGUUUAAGGGAAAUCUGCCUGUGGGGACAUGGACUUUAAACUCCAAUUCUCCUCCAGACAUAGCCAACAGCAGCAGGGAUGUGCUCAGAAUUGAAAACAAUGGAUCUCUUACCUUUAAAGGUGUGCCAAAGCACUUUACUGGCAACUAUACUGUUGAACUGACUAAGUCUGGACUGGGACAAGCAUUGGUGACGUUCACGCUGAAGAUAUUUGAAAGUAUCCAGAAUGUGACUCUGAGCACACAGCCUGAUUUUGCCCAAGAGGGAGCUGAGCGGUUCACGUUACAAUAUAGCAUGCUUCAAGGUGUUGUUGAGCAAGAGAUCUGGUACUUCAAUGGAGGAAAACUGAAAAACAGCACGCGCUAUUUGAUAAAGGGACGCAGCCUUGUAAUACUUGAACCUUCUCGGACUGACAAGGGAUCAUACUCUGUGUUACUGAUGAACCCCUUCAGCAGCGUGACGACUCAUAUGAAUGUGACUGUUCUCUACGGACCUGAUGAGCCCAUAGUCGAAGCACUGCCAGCUCAGCCUUUCUAUAAAGUAGGGGACUCUCUGGUUUUCUCCUGCCAAGCUGAAGGUUUCCCAAAGCCGACUGCUGAGUGGGUCUAUAUGGGUCAGAUUCUUUCAGAUUUUCACCAAGGAGUUCUAAAUCUGACAAAUGUGCAGACCAGCCAAGGAGGCGUUUAUACAUGCUCAGUCCUCAAUGGGUUGACUGAGGAAAAGCGUGAGAAGAAUGUCACUUUGAAUGUCUAUGAGAGGCCGUUGGGCAAUCCAGUGUGCUCUGUGAUGUCUGUGAACAAUGCUCACCUGCAGUAUCUGUGCGUGUGGGCCGGAGGAACCCCACAGGCCCGGCUGUCUUUCCCAACACUAAGCAAUACAAGCAGUGUAGCAGGAAUCUUCAGCUUCGUGGUUCCUGCCUCCACUAACUUUGAUAAGAGACCAGUCAUCUGCAUAGCAGAGCACCCAAUUGAACAAAACACCUGCAAUAUUACCGCAAGUAGUCCUAUAAAUUUCCUUCCUGCUGUGAAAACCAUAGUUGACCCUGAUGGAAAAAUUGCAGUUACCAUCCAAUGUGUCAGUGAGGCAUCCCCACAGGCUGUGGUUUCAUGGUCCAGAGGAGAUGAGGGUGUCAUCAAUGGGUCAACAUACCAGAUAAGCAGUAACACGACACAGCUGAAGAUUCGCAGUUACAACAUCACCACUUUCCUACUUACACCAAACUUCACCUGUACAUGUCACAAUCCACUGGGGAGCAAAAAAAAGCAAGUUAAUCUGCAAGGACCGUCUAUCUCAGAUUCCAGUUUGUUCCCUAAUAAAGAAGGAACCAUCAUUACAUUGACCUGGGAGGUCCCACCAACAUCUAUCGUUACAGGUUUUGACAUCCAAAUGAAAGGACCCGAUCUUCUGAGCAACAAUGGUAAAAAUGCCAUGACUACAGGAAGCUCAAAUGAAUACCGCAUCAUUCAGCAGAAAACUGGAUCUGCUAGGAGUGCCGAUGUCUUUUUACUUGAUCCUGACUCGACCUACAGGUUUCGAAUUAUUCCCAAAGCUCGACUAACUGACGGAGACCCAUCUGAGGUUCACACAAUUGGCCCAGGCGAAGGGCUCAGCGGGCCUGCUAUCGCUGGCAUUGCAGCUGCAAUCCCAUGUAGCAUUCUUGUCCUGAUCCUACUAAUUGGCCUCAUUUUCCUUAUAUUCUACCUCCGUAAGAAAAAAAAUCAUCAGACAAGAUAUCCAGUAUCCAGAACAGUUGACAAGGUUAAAAACAUCCAGCCUAAUGCAACUCCACGCAACAUUUUGAACGGAGGACUUAGGUCUCCCCCUGACUACAACAGAUUGCAGAAGACUCCCCCUGAAAGGUCUGAGAUUCUUCCUACGUUUGUCCCACCUCCCACAGUCAGAGUUGCAACAACAGUCUAAACUUGCGGUUUGAUGUGUAUAUUUUAUAAAACACUUAAUGUUUUUAUAUUUUGCUGAAACAUUUAUGUUUGUCUAAUUUUACAUGUAAUACGGCUUUGCAAUUGGGCUAACUGUAUAUGAAUAUUUGGAAUUCUUUAUAAACUAAAACAGUUUAUAAAAUGUAUUUUUUAUCUGUUGAUUGAUCAUAAAUGUCAGUGAAAGGCAUGGCUUUAAAGGAAACUGGCUAAAUAUUUGUGAAGUGACUUAUUAACAAAAAUGUUCAUGUUCUGCAGGACUCUGAAUGUCUACACAAACUCAGAUCCUAGUGGUUCUCCUUUAACUUUCUCAAACUUAACAAAACAGUUAUCCAAGAUAAAGACAACAGCUCAGUUCAUUCAUAUUUAUUCAUACAAGAUAUGUGUUGAUAAAAUUAAGAAAUUACUGGUAUGAAUAAUUUUGGUUUCUACUGUAUGUUUUCUUGAUUUUACUCCUUUUACUGUAAUGUUGGUUUCUUUUUUUCUUUCUCUAUGGGGAAAAUGAAUGACCUAAAAGGUGCCUUUAAAUUAUACUAAAUGAUCCAGGAGGAAAAUGCUUUUCUUUUAAGUUGUAAUUUCACUCAUUGCAGCUGGGCACCUGGUGUAUUUUUGUAUGUGGGUUUUUGUUAGGGCUGAAGAAUAUGUCUCACAUUUAUCCUUAUUGCAGUAUCACUGUGUGCAGUAUGUAGCUAAGAACUUCAAUACUGGAGUAUGUGCUGGCUAAUUAUUUAUAACUAUAUGGUCACCUGUCUAUUCCUGUAAUAUAUUUGGUGAAACUUGUUGUUUAAUGGAGAAUAAAAAGUUUUAGAAGGUAAA